UCACGCCUUCUUCUGCCAGAUUCCGGUACCUCAAUGCCUGAUAAUAUCGAGACCUUCCAGCUGAAAGUGGCCCGCAUGGCGAAGUUUCUGGGAGAAGCUGUGACUCUGAGGGCCGCCCAAACGCAAACCUUUGGUAUAUCGAGAGCGCGCACGUACCAUAAACUCAGUAUGUAAGAUGCGAAGGAAAGUGUUCAAUGCUAUGAUAAUCUUACCUGUCCACUAAGUGCCAUUCGUCGUCGAACACCAUGUCCGUCAGUCCGCCCCUCUGCUACCCAAGAUACGGCGGCCAACCUACCAGCGACGGGAUCCCAGUGCCUCCGCUUCUGCCCCUCGUCCCACCUCAGGCAUACUCCACUGCACUCGACCACAACCUCCCCGGACCAGCGAACGUGGCGAAUUACAGGAGGACGUCUCACUUGAUCCCCGCAGCGAGCCCGCGGUCGCUCCCUUAUACCUCUCCCCUGCGAGAGGAUGCAACAAGAAGCGAGCGCGUCGACGCAAAGGCCCUGGCGCACGCCCUCAUCGACGCGAAGGUGCAAUUCGAGACUGGGCCGGCACAGAGACAGUACAAGGGAGGGUCGCAGGCGGCGCUGUGGAACUGCGUCGACCGGUAUGUCCGCCAAGAUCCUCCGAUCGACCUGCGCAACCGCGGGAUGACGCUGUUCCUCACCCACGCGACGGGCUUUCCUCGUCAGAUCUGGGAGCCCACCUUGGUCCGCCUGUUCUCCCACGCACAACAGGAUGCGUCGCUGCUUAUUGACGAGGUGUGGUCGUUUGAGUCGGUGCAGCAUGGUGAUUCGGGCGUUCUGAACGACAGAGAGCUGCGGGACGUCUUCGACUGGCAGGAUCAGUGUCGCGACAUAUGCAAUUUCCUCCUCCACUACCUACCUGUGCACUGUUCUUCUGUACCUCUCCCUCCCCGCUUGGCAUACAUCGGGACACGACCUGAGCGGCGCCAGGUCAUCGGGAUUGGACACUCGUAUGGAGGAACCACGAUCACUCGGGUGGCCAUAGAACAACCAGGGCUCUUCCAACGACUUAUUCUCGUCGAACCCGUGAUUACUCCCCCGACGUUUACUGUGGGAAAGGGACUCGAUCUCCUGCUCCGGGGUGCGCUUGGCAAGCCGAGACGGUGGCCAUCGAGGGCGCACGCAAAGAGCGACAUCUUGCAGUCGCGAUCCUCGAGGACCUGGCACCCCGAUGUCGUGGAUGUGUUUAUCGAGCACGGGCUCAUCGAACAGUGCGGCGACGCCCCGGGUGCUGUCCGCCUGAAGACCCGGCCGUUCGACGAGGCGGUCGUCUACUGCGAGUGGAACGUAUUCUACGAGACGUGGACGGGUCUGAAAGACAUCCCUUCCGGGCUCGGCCUCCACUGGAUCAUGAGCGCCAAGUCGAAUGUGACGACCGGCGGGACGGAAAUGACACAGGAAACGGUCUGGAGGGCCGAGAACGCUAGCAACGUCCGCGUCGCGGGCGCUGGCCACCUUGUCGUUCAAGAGGCGCCUGAUGAGCUGGCUUCCGAGCUUGUCAAAGCCCUAUCUGGACAACCCUUACCGCCAAUACCUAGGUCCCGACUAUAAAAGGAAAAGGAAACGAAGCGAAAAAGCGAUCGAAAUGAGUACCGGAUGCCGGAUCCAGAGCCAUUGAUAUGGUUCCGCGCAUCGUUCACAGCAGGAUUCUGCCCAUCCUUCGCCGCCGUUUUUUCACAACCUCCAGGCAGCCAAUACUAGUGAUUGAUAAUGAGCCCACGUUGGUAAUGAGUCCGUUGGUGGGUUGACCAUG